CCUCAAUCCAAUCCGAUCCAAAUCUCCUUAUCAUUUAUACAACCGGAAUCACCCAUAUAUCUAUCAAUUCACACACACCACCCAAGAACAAUGUCCCCGCUGCCACCCGCAACCACCCUCCCUUCCCUGCCCCCAACCGAUCAAACCCACAUCCUCGACCUGCUCUUUGAGCCCUCUCCCCCUCUACAUUCGCUCUCCCUCCCUCUCUUCACCCGCCCUGUUUCCUCCUACCCUGCCCUCAUCGCCGCCAUCCGCUCCCAGCUCACUGCACUCUCCACAUCCAGCUCCCCAGCAGACGCCAAGCAGCUCGAUGCAAUCCUAGGCGCCCACCCCCGUCUCGGUGCUAAGAAGGUGGAUAGCGCGCAGUCAGCUGCUGAGCAGGCGCAGUUAGGUGGUGGCGAGGAGGAGGCUCGGCAAUUGGCGGCGCUGAAUGCGGAGUAUGAGUCCAAGUUCCCGGGGUUGCGGUAUGUGGUGUUUGUUAAUGGGCGGGGGAGGGGAGAGAUUAUGAAGAAUAUGCGGGAGAGGAUUGAUAGGGGUGAUGGGGGACUGGAGAGGGAAGAGGGAAUUAAAGCAAUGUGCGAUAUCGCGCUCGACAGGACAGAGAAGCUAUUGAAUCAGUAGAGGGAAGGAAAUAAAGAAUAUAUCAGCCAAGGCCAAGUCUCGAGACAGACGAAGUGUGGGUAUCAAAACAGGAAUGUCAUUUUUAUCCUACUCCGUUCAUUCAUGCAGGG